UUCGGAUAAAACAUGUCGAAGAUUCAUGAAGCUUUGGCGCCCAUUUCCUGGUUGGAAGGCCGUUGGUCCACAACUGAUGGCAGAGGAUAUUAUCCGAACAUACCAGACUUUACAUAUCAUGAAGACUUGGAGUUUCUCUGCAUUGGACAGCCCAUGUACAAUUUCCUAUCGACGUCAAGGCACCCUGAAAAGCAGACGCCGAUGCAUCAGGAACGAGGCUUCCUUCGAAUCAAGCCUGGGACAAAUGAGCUGUCUUUCGUCGUGAGCCACAACUUUGGCCUGACUUCACUCGAAGAGGGACUGUGUGAGACAGAGACACAUCAAGUAAUUUUAGAAACAGUUAAUUUAUCUAGAAUUUCAUUUGCUAAACCACCCUUUGUGAAAAAAAUUAAGAGGGUUUUCAAACUACUGAGUGAUGAUCAGUUGGAAGCAACAUUGUAUAUGGAAACUGAUACUACACCAAUGAGUGAACAUUUGAAAGCAGUUUACAAAAAAAUUCAAUAGAUUUUAUUUUAGUAUACACAUACAACUAUAGCAUUGUCUGCCAUUGGGAGCUGCCAAUUCAGAUUCCUUCCACAUUCUAUUAAAACCUUAGAUAAAGGGGUCUACUGUAUGAUAUUGUUUAUAGGGAGGGGGUCUUUUGAGGCUCAUUCAUUACUGACAGCAAAACAGUUCAUUAGUGCCCUUGAUGUAGACAUCACAGCUAAGGCAUCAGAUAUUUUGAAAUCUAUUUAUUCAAUAUGAUGAUGAGGAAUGGAAAACGCCAUUGACUUAUUAAAAAAAAUUUUUUAAAUGUUAUGGAUAGCUUUACAUUAAAGAAACUGAUUUUUAUGUAAAAAUUCAACCUGUGUUCCAAGGUUGAAUUUUUAGUGUCUGUUAAUUGUUGAACAAUGUCUUAUUUAUUCAGAAUAAAAUAAUUAGUGGGGAAUAUUAUCAAAUGUAGUCAUGUAUUGGAGAAACAAUUUAAGUCCACUAAUAUGAUUCAGGUAUAUUAUAAGCAGUGAAAAAAUAUUGGAAUAGAUAGGAAUAUUGCAUGGCACAUGUGAGUGAACAAGACAAUGUUAACAGCUAUUCAUGUUUUCACAACAUCACACAAGCGCACACACACACACCAUCAAAAUGAUUUUCAUGAAAUGUUUAGAUGUAAAAUUUUCAAGGGUUUUUCAGAAAUAUUUUCCAUAUAUUGUGUUUCUCACGUUGAACACAUUUCAUAUUAAAAAAAAAAACUAUUGGUCGCUAGUAGUAUCCAUGACUUUAUCCAUUUAAACUCCAGUAAUCGUUUAUAACUUCAUUGUACAAUAAUUGAGAGCCACUUCUUCUUUAAAACUCGUUCAGAGACGCCGAUAUUUCUUGCGAUGAUUCUUGAAAUUUCCUGGUGUUUAAUUGUUCUUGUUUUUUAAUCGGAGUUUCGUUGGAAUAACGAUCGUUAGCCCGGGUUGCCGUCGUGCUACCACAUAAGCGGUUUCUGAGGACAGAGGAGUCUGCUGUCGCAUGGUUGCCGAGACAUUUAACGCAAAGUGGGCGCGCGUGGCAAUUACGCGACGAGUGCCCGUAAAGUUGGCAUCGGUAGCACUGUGCGGGAGUGCCACUUUUAUAAGGGGGCUUCGACCGUUACCCCAGAUAGGCCGCAAACGGUGCGGAGACUUGAGGCAAUCCGUUGGCUUUCCGCGGUGUAUGGAAUGGAAUGGUAUACACCAUAUUGUAUGGAAACUUGUCGCGACCGCUGUGCACCCGAUGCACACUUAUUAUCGGGUAUGCUUGCCUGAUGAGAUCCUCCUUGACUAGCUCGGCAUCGAGCUCCUUGGGUACUCCGCGUAUUACUACGCGGAGUUCGCGUUCCUCCUGGAGCGCAUGUGUGAUAGCUUAGGCGCUCCUUUCGGAGGUGGGCUGUCCGCGCCCUUUGGUCGUCCUGUGUGGCCACCUUAAUUUGUGUUCCGUGCGCGAUGCUACGCGCAUGGACGAAGUUCACGUUUUGUGCCUUGUAAGGCACUGGAUACGCGAUCCCACGAGGUCCUAUCUUGUAGGAUGACCGGCGGCAGCGCGGCAAUUUUGCGGACGGGCGUGGUGAUGGGGUUGCGCGGCGGGGGUAGUCGGGCGUGACUACGAUCUUACUCCGCCCAAACAAUUAAAUUUAAU